AUGGUUGUUUGCAAUAUGACCGUUCCUAUUUGGAUCAUUUUAAUGAUUAUCUACAAGAUAUCGUCUAGGAGUGUAACUGAGUUAAGGGGUAUUAACAAUUUAAGUCAAAGUACAGGGGAGAUAUUUGUAUGGAUCGUCAAAUUCUGCCUCCUAAAAAGCCUCUCCAUCCAUGGAACACAAACAAGAACGAGCUUUUAUCCAGGAACUCGAGCAAAAUACCUCAAGCUAGUGAACUCGUUUGUUGUCUUUCAUAUACACUUCAAAAUUCUACCGAUUCCGGCUAGCCGGAGAUUAGAGAGGUCAAUGUUGUAUGCCGUAUCAAUCCCUAAACCUUGCUUAUCUUAUCCAAAAACCACUUUCCACUCCCAAAACCCUCAAAAUCUCAAAAGGGGUGGGCUUCGUGUAUCGGCUACAUUACCGAAAUCUGAUGGGGUUAAAGUCGAGUACACUCCAUGGCUAAUUGUCGGAUUGGGGAAUCCCGGCAACAAGUAUCACGGAACUCGCCACAAUGUUGGUUUUGAAAUGAUUGAACGCAUAUCUCAAGAAGAAAGGAUUGUGAUGAACACUAUACAAUCAAAGGCUUUGGUUGGAAUAGGUUCUAUUGGAGAAGUACCUGUUCUGUUAGCAAAGCCUCAAGGAUACAUGAAUUUUAGUGGAGAAUCGGUUGGGCCGCUUGCUGCGUAUUAUCAAGUACCAUUGCGUCAUAUUUUACUGAUAUAUGAUGAGAUGAGCUUACCAAAUGGUGUUUUGAGGCUUCAACCUAAAGGAGGCCAUGGGUAUCAUAAUGGAGUGAAGAGUGUUAUGGAACAUUUAGAUGGUCGCCGUGAAUUCCCUCGGUUCUGUAUAGGAAUUGGGAAUCCACCUGGCACCAUGGACAUGAAGGCGUUCCUUUUGCAGAAAUUUAGUGACGCGGAACAAAAAGAGAUAGAUGGAGCGUUGGCACAAGGGGUAGAUGCGGUGAGGAGUUUGGUAUUGAACGGAUUCAACGAUAGGAUCACGAGGUUUAAUUUAGGGCAAAAAUACAAAUAUAACAAAGUUUGAGAAUGAACUCAUUGUGUAGUAAUUAACCUCAUGGAUUUUAAAUUAUUAUUUUUAGAAGGAAAAUACAAUGAGAUCAUUGUGGCUUUACACCAUGCUUUUUGACUUGGUUUCAUUUGCUUUUACCCCCACAAUAAUAACAUUAGAAUAGUCAAAAGCUUGUUUGUAUUGGACCCAAUGUUACGUGUUAGAUUUAGCACCUUCAACUUUCGGAAAUGCCCAAAACAGCCCUUGUACUCUUUUAUCUUCUUCUUCUUCCUUUUUUUUCUAUUUUUGGCAAAAAAAAAAGUGUGCAUCUCAAAGUGGGAUUCAAUAGAAAUAUGCAAAAUAUUGUUUGCGAGAUUAAAUGUUAUAUACAAGUACGGAUCUUUCACUCCAAUACGCAUUCAAAGAUUGCAAAGUAAACGCCAAGAUUGACAAAGCAAAAACGUGUUAUAUGUCCAUAUUGCCCCUAUCCGAG